AUGUUUGCUGCCUUCAAUGUAGUCCUACUGGUCGUUUUCAGUGGCCUCUUCUUUGCAUUCCCUUGCAGGUGGUUGGUUCAGAAAGGGGAGUGGGCCUUUCCUGUGAUCACAGGCCUCCUCUUCAUCCUUACCUUCUUCAGUCUCAUUUCGCUCAACUUCUCAGACCCUGGUGUCUUACAUCAAGGUUCCAUGGAGCAGGGCCCCAGGAUGGUGCAGGUGGUAUGGGUGAACCACAGAGCCUUCCGCCUGCAGUGGUGCCCCAAGUGUUGCUUCCACCGCCCGCCCCGUACCUAUCACUGCCCCUGGUGCAACAUCUGUGUGGAGGACUUUGACCACCACUGCAAGUGGGUUAAUAACUGCAUCGGUCAUCGCAACUUUCGCUUCUUCAUGCUACUCGUCCUGUUCCUCUGCCUCUACUCCGGCGCCCUGCUGGUCACCUGCCUGAUGUUCCUGGUUCGCACAAGCCACCUGCCCUUCUCUAUAGACAAGGCCAUGGCCAUCCUGGUGGCUGUGCCCUCGGCGGGCUUUCUGAUGCCGCUCUUCCUGCUGCUGCUGAUCCAGGCCUUGUCGGUGAGCGCUGCCGAGCGCUCCUACGAGGGCAAGUGCAGAUACCUUCAGGGAUACAACCCCUUCGACCAGGGCUGUGUCAGCAACUGGUAUUUAACAGUUUGUGCACCACUGGGACCCAAGUGA